UUUGGAAUUUCUUGAUUUUGUUACAACUACUCUGGUUUCACACUUACCAUUCUAUUUAAUGAAUCAAUUCUCAUUUUCUUCAACACUCAACCAAUUCUUGAUUAUUAUUUACUGCUGUUUGUCAUCUCUCAUUUCAGCCUUUCUUUCUUCUUACUCCCCAUUCCAACCAACUUAAAAAGUCCUCAGUUAAGUCCUCAGUUAAGGUAUGUCUCUCGUUUUUAACCAUUUCUUGCUUCUAUGUCUGUCGUCUUUAUCUGCUGUUUUUGCUCUCAACUCUGAUGGGUCUACUCUAUUGUCACUCUUAAGGCACUGGACUCAUGUGCCUUCUUCCAUACAUUCAACUUGGGAUUCUUCACACUCUACUCCUUGUUCAUGGUCAGGCAUACAAUGUCACCCUACUUCUUUCACUAUACUCACUGUGAACCUUUCUGGUUAUGGAAUUUAUGGCCAACUGGGUCCAGAAAUAGGAAAUUUAUCUACUUUGCAAACCUUGGACUUGAGUAAUAACAAUUUCUCUGGUCAAACACCCUUUCAGUUAGCUAGUUGUAGUUUACUUGAGUACUUGGAUUUGUCCACCAAUGGCUUUACUGGACAAGUACCUAAUAAUUUUAACUACCUGCAACAUUUACGUUUCUUGGGUUUCUACUCUAAUUCACUGUCUGGCAAGGUACCUGAAUCAUUGUUUCUUAUUUCGAGUUUGGAAUCCGUGUAUUUGAAUAAUAACAGUUUCACUGGUUCAAUCCCUACUAGUGUGGGUAACUUGACUCAUGUUCAAGAACUAUGGCUAAAUGGCAAUAAGUUAUCUGGUACUGUUCCAGAGACAAUUGGGAAUUGUAGUAAAUUGCAAAGGCUGUAUUUGGGUGAGAACCAGUUGGUUGGUUCUUUGCCAAAGACUCUCACUAAUCUAAAAAGCCUUGUUUUUUUAUUUCUAGCUCAUAAUAGUUUUCAAGGUAGCAUUCCUUUAGGUUUUGGCAAGAAUUUGAGUGUUUUAGACCUUUCAUACAAUUGCUUCAGUGGGGGCCUCCCAUCAGAUUUGGGAAAUUCAACUAGCUUAACAAUCUUAGCUAUUGUUCAUAGCAACUUAACAGGCAGCAUUCCCUCUUCCCUUGGCCUGCUAAACAAGCUCGUUGCUCUAGACCUUUCUGAAAACCGAUUGUCUGGGAAAAUUCCCCAUGAACUUGCAAAUUGCAAGUCCUUGACACGCUUAAAUUUAUAUAAAAACCAGCUUGAGGGAGCGAUUCCUGCUGAAUUGGGAAAGCUGACUCAGUUGAAGGACCUUGAAUUGUUUACUAAUAAUUUGAGUGGGGAGGUUCCAAUAAGCAUUUGGAGACUACAAAGUCUUGAGUAUUUCCUCGUGUACAAUAACAGCCUUUCUGGUGAACUACCUGUCGAGAUGACUAAGCUGAAGCUUCUAAAGAACAUUUCUUUAUAUGAUAAUAACUUUUUUGGAGUCAUACCCCAAAGUUUGGGAAUCAACAGCAGCUUAUUGCAGCUGGAUUUCACUAAUAAUAAGUUCACCGGUGAAAUUCCACCAAAUCUUUGCUUUGGAAAGCAACUACGGGUUCUAAAUUUGGGUCAUAAUCAACUUCAAGGCAGCAUUCCUUCUGAUGUUGGAAGCUGUUCGUCACUCUGGAGAUUGAUCCUUAAAAAUAAUAACAUUUCCGGGACCCUUCCUGAAUUUGCAGAAAAUCCAAGCCUUUCUCACAUAGACAUCAGUAACAAUAUCAUAUCAGGCUCAAUUUCUCCAAGCCUGGGCAACUGUUCUGGUCUUACUUCUAUUGACUUCUCCAGGAACAAGUUGACAGGGCUUGUACCACCUGAGCUUGGCAAUCUUGUAAAGCUUGAGGAGGUAAAUCUUUCAUAUAACCAACUUUUUGGUUCUUUACCAUCUCAGUUAUCACAUUGUCACAAAUUAUACAAGUUUGAUGUGGGCAUUUGA